ACUGUGUGAAAACCAAAGAAGCUUUAGCUGCUGAAGACAGUUAGCAAAGCAGUGCAGUGUUUCUCUCCGACGGACACUUUGUUUUAUCUGCUGUUUUCUCGGUUUUACAGUCGGAGCGACGAUAACCGGAUUCCUUGAAAGGUUUUGGGAAUACCGGCUCUAAAAGGGUUCGUUUUAAAGAGUUUGGAGCUCGGUAAAGCAGCAGUUGGUGUUAGCUAAUCUCUGUUAGCAAAAGCUUUCUCGUUGUCUCGUACAAACAUAACAGACUCGUAAAUCUACUUGUAUUUUUAUUUUAAUGCUAUCUAGUUUGGACAUAAGUUCGUAACCUGCUGUUAGUGAAUUUGUGCAUUUGUACUAGUAGUGAAUAAGCUUUUCACUUCGGUUCAGCUUAAAGGGUUUAGCCGCGAUGUAAGAAAACAACUGAAUCCAUUGACAUUUAUUAUAAAACGCUUGUUUGUUUGGAUGUUUCUCUAAAGAUAUGGGUUGGUUUAAGCGCGCGUUUUCUUAUGAGCCGUAGCCUCAUUUAAUUUACUAUUUUAUUUUUAAGUUAUUAUUAAUUUAUGUCGUAUUUAUAAGAGAUAAUGGCUGUGAAUUGGGGUCGAGUGGAGCGGUGGUCUCUUUCAAGAUCAAAACUUUUAAAGGACACUGAAAAACAUUUUGGGAACCUGCUGGUUUGGUCAAAAAGACAUUGAGUGUUUUAUUUAUUUAUUUAUUUUUUUAAAAUCACUGUGAGGAGAAGAUGGAGACGGGGGUUCUGCCUAACCAGGGCGACCUGCUUCUCCACCCGCUCUCCAGCCCUGCAGCUGCGGGGCUCUGCCCUGAAAUGCUGGAUGUAGCCGAGGAGGCCAACCGGGCUGGUGACUUUAACCUGGCCGUAGAGAUCUACACCUCCCAGCUCGCAGACCUCCAGCAACCGGAUCGGGGCUUGUGCCUGAGGAAGGGCGACUCUCUCGCCCGCGCGGGGCGGAUAUCAGAGGCGCUAGAGGCGUACUGCAUCGCUGCCAACCUGGGCCAUCUGCGCCCGGAGGAGCUGGCCGUCCUGGUGGAAACCAUCGCCCGGACACUCCGCGUCAAAGAGCUCGGCCUCCCCGUUACCCAAAACGGGCAGACGAAAAGCAGCAGCAGCGGCGGACAGGAAGGGAAUCUCACCGAUGGGGAUUGUGAAGAACAUGAAACCCUGGACUUGUUUUCCUGUCGCCUCUGCAAACGCCUGCUACAGGAGCCCACCACGCUGGAGUGCGGGCACACUUUCUGCAAACGAUGCCUAGAAAACGACUCCGUCAAAGAUUGUAUCAACUGCAAACAGAAAUUUAGCAAAUUAGACAGGAGAGUCAACGUGGUUCUCAGUGGCCUUUUGGAUAAACUGUUUGAAACUGAGAGCAGAGCCAGGAAAAUGUGGAUCGAGGGGGAAAUGCUGUGGAGCAAACAGAACCUGGCAGGUGCUCUGGAGAUGUUCAAUGCAGCAGUAGAUCUAGUGCCCUCUGCCGGCAGCCUGCUAUGUCAACGCGCUGAGCUGAACAUGGAGAUGAGGAACUACAGCCAAGCUGUGCAGGACGCCAACAGUCUCUGCAGGUUGAAACCUCUCUGGACGAAGGCUCACUGUCUGAAAGCCACAGCACUGAGUAAAGCUGACCGAAACGACGAGGCCUUACAGGAGUACUUCCUGUGUUUGGCGCUUAAGCCAGACUGGACCAAAGUGAAGCUGGAGGCUCAGAAGGUGCUCAGUGAGGUCUUUUCCUCUGUGUUUGAGAAUGAAGACAUGCCCACGCCUCUGCACCCCCUGCAGGGGGGGUUCGCCACUCGCUUGAUCAAACCCCCCGCCCUGUUGCAGUCCCUGAGGCCGCAGACUCACAAACCAGGCUGCUCCUCACAGGACUCUGAGUUCGGCGUAGCAAAAAGCACUCCUGUGGACGGGUCACCUUCCGAGCUCUGUCCCACAUCUCCGAAAUCCGAACUGGCUGCAGGAGAAGGCAGCUCCAAAGGUCUGGCUGGCGUUUUAGCUUCAUUACCAGCGCCCCAUGGUGGACUUAAGAGGAAGCACAGCAGCGAUGGGGCUUCAGCACCUUUCAACCCUCCUUCGAAACUUUCCAAACCUGAUGAUGUGAACACUGUUCAGACGGCUUCAGUCAGUGGAGGUAGAGUGGUUCCUGCUCAUUUACUGGACAGUGGAGACCUGGAGUGCUCCCUCUGCAUGAGGUUGUUCUACGAGCCUGUAACUACUCCCUGUGGUCACACCUUCUGCCUAAAAUGUUUGGAACGCUGCUUGGACCACAAUCCUAACUGCCCUCUAUGCAAGGAGAAUCUGUCUGAGUGUCUUGCUACCAGAGGUUAUAAUAAAACCUUUCUGAUGGAAGAGGUCCUGCGUCGUUACCUUGGAGACGAGCUUGCUGAGCGGAAGAAAAUCCAUGAAGAGGAAAUGAAAGAGCUUUCUAAUCUGAACCAGGAAGUGCCCAUCUUCGUCUGCACAAUGGCCUUCCCCACCAUCCCCUGCCCGCUUCACGUAUUUGAGCCGCGCUACCGCCUCAUGAUCCGCCGCUCCAUGGAAACUGGUACCAAGCAGUUUGGCAUGUGCAUAGCUGAUGAGUUAAAAGGCUUUGCAGACCACGGCUGCAUGCUGCAGGUGCGGGAUGUGAAGUUCUUUCCUGAUGGCCGUUCAGUGGUCGACACCAUCGGGGUUUCACGGUUCAAGGUCCUCAGCCACGGACAGCGAGACGGCUACAACACUGCUAAGAUCGAGUACCUGGAGGACAGGAAGGUCGAAGGGGAGGAGCUAACGGAGCUCCUGAAGCUGCACGACUCUGUGUACGAACAGGCCAACAACUGGUUCACAUCGCUCAAGGACAACAUGAAGAGUCAGAUUCUCAGCCACUUUGGACAUCUUCCCAGCAAAGAUCCAGACCCACAGGCCAGCCCUGAAGGUCCCGCUUGGUGCUGGUGGCUGCUCGCUGUCCUUCCACUGGAGAACAGAGCCCAGCUCACCAUCCUGGCCAUGACCUCCCUCAAGGAUCGCCUCAUCGCCAUCCGAAGGGUCCUCAUCUUCGUCACUCGCAAGAGGCCGCGGUGAUCGGUUUCCCUUCCUGUGCAGCUCAGAAGGCUUGAUCCUCGCUGCUGUCUGACUCGCUCCUUCACUAACUGACUCACUCCUUUCGUCCUGUCAGCUCACUCUAAAGAAGUUCAUGAACUCGUUCCUGUGACAUGUAGCCUCAGAGCACCGAGUUCUGACCGUGUAGCUUCUCACUGCAGGGUUUCGCUUUACCUAACAAAAAAACUUUUGGAUUUUUUCACUUCACUUUGUCCGGAAGUGCUGGAUUUUUUUGUUUUAUUUUGAAGGAACAGAAACAAGAGCGAAGCGGCUUCUGGAUGAAUUAUACAUUCAGCAGUAAUAAUAACAAGAAACCUAACCACCACAGAAACCUGCAGAAGAAAAGGAUUUAUUUAAGCAUGAUUGCAACUUGUAAUGAAUGUACCGAAUGUUCCCUCCCGCCUUAUUAUCUUUACAAAAUCUGUCAAAUGAAUUUCCUUGUAGGAGAACUAAAAACUGCUGCCUCACCUUCAGUGUUCCUGAGCCAAAAAACAGACCCGGUGGAUGGCAGCUAGCUGCCAGAAAGAAAGCCCUAACUGUCAUGACUAGAGAUGCAGCCAUACCGAUAUUUCCUCCAGUUUUAGUUUGAUCUUCUGAUACUCAUUGUACAGUGUCUGGUUUAUAUUUCAGAAUUACAGUAAACCUAACAAUCUGUGAAUGAGAGCUGCUUUAAACCAGAGCAAUCUCACAACAUUUCAGACUACCAUCAGCAUUUUUUUUUUAAUUCUUAAGCCAUUACAAAAUCCAGCAUUUUAGGAUAAAAUAUUGCUGAAAGCCUCUCUAUCUCGCUGCCUAAAAUGAACCAAAGGAGAGCCUCAAUAUGUCAUAGGAAAUGCAGCUCCCUUUUAAAACGUUUCUGAUAUCGCUAGGAAAGCUUUCUCAUACAAUGAGUAGCUAACUGGGUGAGUUUUCUUUCCACAGUUGCAGCAUUUGCACCUAGUGUGUAUUCCCUGAUAAGAAAGCGAUGGAUUUUUUGCCGGCCGCCGGGCCAGGACCAAUAAAGAUGGAAGCCAGGCGAUUCCUCUGUGGAUAUCUAGCUGUGGCUGUUCAGCUCAUCUUCAUAUUUGAACCAAAUUUAAAACAACUACAAAACUCUGGUUUCAGAAAGAAAGCAGUGAUAGAAAUUCGUCCAGGUGUCACUGAUCUGAAGCGUCAUGUCCUAAUGUAGCAAAUCUGAGGGAGGUUGUAUGUGAACUAUUCUGUUUGCCCGUAGCCGUUUGUGGAGGUGGUUCCUUUCUAUGUCGAUCAAUGAAAUUUGGAGGCCUUUUUUAAAUGUUAUAUUCAACGAACAAUUUCAUUAUCUCUAAUCUUUCCUAUUCACUGUCUGUAUAUUAAUAUGCAUAAAAUAAUAAUGCAAUUUCCACCCUGUUGGGUUUCCUUAUAAACAUUAUAUUUAUAUAUAGGUAGCCUUAAAGAAAGCAAUUGUGUUUUUAUCCAAUUUUAUUUUAAAAUCUUUAUAUAUAUAUUUUUUUUUUUUCUUCUUUACACUUAAAUUCUCCUAUAAUUUCGGCCCCUUUUGUAUCAUUGUUUUGUCUUAACAAAUGUUGGAUGAUGGCAAAAACAAUCCCUCUCUUAUUUUGAAAAACUAAAGACACAAAUGUCAUUGAUGGUUUAUUCCAUAAC